CGCGUCGUUCAUUCAUUCCACAACUCUUCGUUCGCUUGGUUGAAAAUCGUCCCGACUCUUCGUCGCCGUGCACUGUUUUUUUGUUGAGACAACCGAGGGAUUUUGUUGACGCAGGCAUGCAAGACGAGGUCACUCAGCUCAAGGCAAGAGUCGCCGAACUGGAGGCCGAGCGGGAGUCGAUGGCUGCGCGCAUCGCGAGUCUUGAAACCGAGAAUGCACGCUUGACUCUUCAGGUUGCCGCAUCGCCAUCAUCAUCGGCUCCCGAGCAGGCUUCUGCAAGGGCGACGGAUGGUGACACACCAGCACAAUUCAUGGACGAGAGUGACUGCGAGCCAGACUCGACAGAGCCAGCGGCACCGAGCUCAGACGAAGAACAACUAAACUUGGCGGAGUUGGCUGCUCGCGCAACCGAGUUGUACGAACUGUGCCACACGCCAGAGACAGGACCCUUGGUCGCAGACAGGACAACGAAAAGCGGGGUGGCAAUGCCACGCACAUUUGUUGCUCGUGAGCUUGUGAGCGUGUUGGUCAAGUCCGGGGUUGCGGCAACGCGCGCGCAAGCAGUCACAUUGGGCCGGCGCUUGCAAUCACGUAGUUUGAUCUGGCAUCCCGCUUCGCACAACACAGUCACCUUCCGCGACCGAACACUGCUCUUUCGAUUCGCGGUCGAUGCCACUGAAACCGACGAGCAGCACAAGGCGCACGACCAGCCCAAGCAGCAGCAGCAGCAGGAGCAGCAGCAGGAGCAUGAGCAGGAGCAGGAGCACGAGCAGCAGGCUGCCGCUGCGUCCGAGCACGCUUCAUCUCUCACACAACGAGCUGUAUUUACCAUUGGAGGUGUGACGGAGUCUGAGAGCGGCGACAAUCCCUCGUCCAAAAGCUCGAGCAACUUGAAUCUUUCACUUCCCCCGCACCCACUGGAGGCUGAGCGCUCCGUGUCUGUCACCGAACUCCACGAACUACUCUCCCCCACGCGCAUUGAGGUUCAGCCACCCUCCUUGGCUCCACCAAGCCCGACACGGCGCCACACGUCCGACCCCGAUCUCUCGAUGACGCUCGGCGAUGAAGCUCUUGCCAGCCCGUCGGAAAAGCCCGGGGGCUUGCAGCUGCCCACAGCAACCCGCCGUCGAGCCAACACACUUACUGGGCGCAAUUCGACACACUUUGAAAAUAUCGAACUUUCCGGCGACCUUCAAGAGCUCGUUCGUCAAGGGACGUUGAAGCGCUAUCUCGGCGGCGAGCAUUUCGAGAAGGCUGCUAUCACGAUUCAGCGCUUUUAUCGCCACCACAAGCUACGAACGCGCUUCCGCGACGUUGUUCGUCGUGGACUAGCCAAUUCGCAUUCUCCGGCCGCGACAGUGCGGACUUUGACCUUGACGGGCUCGUUGCACUCUUCGCUAUCCACAUCUCACGAGUCUCUCCCAAUGGUCGUUGACAUUACACCAAUGUCUGCACGACCCUCGAUGGCCACCGCGCUCUCGCCCUUCCUUCCGAGUGCUGGCGACACCAGCUCGUUGGUUGACAAUGUCUCGCUGACCGACAACGUCUCUCUUGCCGACAGCGACGACGAUUCAUCGCCUUCUCCGCAUCGUUCGCAAGCUGGGGACGAAGAUCGCGGGCUGGUCCGUUCGCCCAGUGGCUCAUCGCUCGCCUCGCAAUCUUCGGAGGCGCUUGGUGCCGCUACCGAGUCCACCGACAGCGGUGCUGCAUCACCCGUGCCUGCCAAGUCCGCUGGCGUCAGCCCCUCCUCGUCCACCAAUCUUAGCGCCAGCAACUCUCGACCCACCAUGUGCCAACGACUGCUUGCCCAGCUCCGACCCCUCAGCUUUGGCCCUGGACACACGCUUGCCGUCAGCAGCCCCGGCAGCGAUUCGUCCUUUGACUCCUUCCGCAGCAGUGGCAGUGGGGGCAGUUUUGAUUCCUCGACCGACGCCAGCGAAACAUCGUCCCUUUCCGUCGAGGGCGGACUGAGCACCCCGCGGACGUCGAAAGGCAGCGGCACGGUCGCCCCUGGGACUCCUGCUCCUUCGGUGCCCGGGCAAAUCGAUAUCAGCCACCGUACCGUGAGCGAAGACCACGCGAAAACUCGUCAAGUACGCAUUGCCAUUCACAAGUUUAACUGCGACAGCAAAAAGGGCAUGCUGUACCUCAUCGACAAGGGGUUUGUCCUUGAGAAGCCUCGGCAUGUUGCCUUCUUCCUCAUGCGCCAGCCAGGUCUGAGCAAAGCCAUGAUUGGUGAAUACCUUGGCGAAAACAAAGAGUUCAAUUUGCAAGUGUUGGAUUGCUUUUCGAGCAUGGUCGAAAUGUCGGGCAAGACGUUUGACGAGGCGCUUCGUGCCUACUUGUCCAGCUUCCGGCUUCCCGGAGAGGCGCAAAAGAUUGAUCGCAUGAUGAACACGUUUGCGCAGCGGUACACUCAAGCCAACCCCGAAGCCUUCGCAACGGUGGACGCUGCGUAUGUGCUCGCCUAUUCGACCGUCAUGCUCAACACGGACGUGCACAAUCCGUCUGUCAAGCACAAGAUGACCCAGAGUGAUUUUGUUAAGAACAAUCGCGGUAUCAACAACAAUGCAGACUUCCCUCGAGUCUUUUUGGAGGGAAUUUAUGAUCGUAUCGCAUCGAAUGAGAUUCUUGCGGGCGAGGACCACGUCAAAGAGGUUGAGCGAAUUGCUGGCAAUAUUGUUGGCAACGUUCCACUUCUCGCCAUUCCUCAACGACACUUUGUUCGGAUGGCGAAUUUCGUCGAGGUGCUGGAUGUCUCACAGCGGAUUCCGAAGGGCAAGCACAUCCGAACACUCUAUUUAUUCAACGACAUGCUGUUGAUUACAAAACCGUCCCGAAGCACGCUGACCGUGCCCGCCCAUCAAAUUGCUCCCAAGCCCGCGGACAAGCAGGCAAAAGGAGCACCUGCGCCAGCACCAUCAUCAUCUGCAGCCCAUGCCUCCAAUGCCGUCCGCACAGUCUCAGUUCCUCGGUUCCUAUUCCGCAAUUCAUUCCCAUUGCUUGGGCUCCAAAUCCGUCUGAUGACUCCAACCAAAUACCACAAUGAAUUGUUUGAGCUGCAAGAUUUCCACGGAACUCCGCUAAUCUUGUUGAAGGCCGAGAAGCCCCAGGAGAAGCUCGACUUUUUGUCUGUGCUUCAGGACAUGAUUGAAGAGAAUGCCGAGAUUGACGCAGAACGCCUCGCCGAGAUGGAGAAGGCGUUGGUCACAAAAUCGCCGUCAUCGUCCUCCACACACAACGCGCCCUUUUCCACUUCUUCAUCCCCGCAUGGAUCUUCAAAUGCGCUCGUCGAUAGCGAUUUGAAGCGGGCGGCCGAUGUGCGAAGCUCAAAGCGAUUCCGAAUGCCAUUUAUGGCCAACAACAAGCGCACCAGCCUCGGCUCUGCGAGCACCAUGGGUCUCCCGCCGCCCUCCACUACGUCCCUCGCACCAAGCACACAUUCAGAGACAUCGGUGUCGUUGAACGAUGCCGACGAGAAGCGUUCUAUCGUCACUUCCCGGUCUGGAGGGUCGCUGGCUUCCUCCGUGUCCACCGAGAGCACCUCUUCCGGCGCAGCCUCCAAUGGCUCCCAAACUCGCAGCUCCGAGGCUAUUGCUACCUCAACGGCGCCUUCCCCUGCAACUGUUCAGACAUAGUGACUUUUAUUUUGGCUCGUCGCUCUUUUCUUCUUACAACCGGGGCGGCCGGGAAUUGAACAAUUGAUUUGUGUUAGCAUUUGUGAAGAGUCACCAAGUAUGCUAUUUUGUAUUUCAAUACUUUGGAAAUCAUGAAUGCUAGUUUGCGG